AUGGGAAAAGAAAAGGGACAUAUUAACAUCGUCGUUAUCGGCCACGUCGAUUCCGGUAAAUCCACGACUACCGGUCACCUCAUCUACAAGUGCGGAGGUAUCGACAAGCGAACUAUCGAGAAGUUCGAGAAGGAAGCCCAGGAAAUGGGUAAAGGUUCCUUCAAGUACGCUUGGGUUUUGGACAAGCUCAAGGCCGAGCGAGAACGAGGUAUCACCAUCGAUAUCGCCCUCUGGAAGUUCGAGACCAACAAGUACCACGUCACCAUCAUUGACGCCCCCGGUCACCGUGAUUUCAUCAAGAACAUGAUCACUGGUACCUCCCAGGCCGAUUGCGCCGUCCUCAUCGUCGCCGCCGGUGUUGGUGAGUUCGAAGCCGGUAUCUCCAAGAACGGCCAGACCCGAGAGCACGCUCUCCUCGCCUACACCCUCGGUGUCAAGCAGCUCAUCGUUGGUGUCAACAAGAUGGACUCCACUGAGCCACCAUACAGUGAGAAGCGAUUCACUGAAAUCACCGGCGAAGUUUCCAACUACGUCAAGAAGGUCGGUUUCAACCCCAAGGCCGUCGCCUUCGUCCCCAUCUCCGGAUGGCACGGUGACAACAUGAUCGAGCCAUCCACCAACAUGAGCUGGUACAAGGGAUGGAACAAGGAAAUGAAGGAGGGCAAAUUCUCCGGAAAGACCAUGUUCGAGGCCCUCGACUCUAUCAUCCCACCAACCCGACCCACCGACAAGCCACUCCGACUCCCACUCCAGGACGUCUACAAGAUCGGUGGUAUUGGAACUGUGCCAGUCGGCCGAGUCGAAACCGGUGUCAUCAAGCCGGGUAUGGUCGCCACCUUCGCCCCCGUCAACGUCACCACUGAAGUCAAGUCGGUCGAGAUGCACCACGAGUCUCUCCCCGAAGCCGGCCCCGGUGACAACGUCGGAUUCAACGUCAAGAACGUCUCCGUCAAGGACAUCCGACGAGGCAACGUUGCCUCCGACUCCAAGAACGACCCCGCCAAGGAGGCCAAGACCUUCACCGCCCAGGUCAUCGUCAUGAACCACCCUGGUGAGAUCGGAAACGGCUACUCCCCAGUCCUCGAUUGCCACACUGCCCACAUCGCCUGCAAGUUCACCGAACUCAAGGAAAAGAUCGAUCGACGAUCCGGUAAGAAGAUGGAGGACUUCCCCAAGAAGAUCAAGUCCGGUGAUGCCGCCAUCGUCCUCAUGACCCCCUCCAAGCCCAUGUGCGUCGAGACCUUCUCCCAGUACCCACCACUUGGACGAUUCGCCGUCCGAGAUAUGCGACAGACCGUCGCUGUCGGUGUCAUCAAGGCCGUCGAGAAAUCCGAGGCUUCCGGCAAGGUCACCAAGUCCGCUGCUAAGGCUGGCAAGAAAUGA